UAUCGCCAUCUUCUAUCUGUGUCUUGUGGCCACUGUUGUAUUGUAAACUUUAGUCACCAGCCGUCAUCGCAAUAAUUUGUGAAAUAUCAUCGCAUCUAUAUUUACAGAUUUAAUUGGCCCGUUUAGGUUCGUUCUUGUAUUUGAUCCUUUUAGAUAAAAUUAUGGAAGGUGGCAAUGCAGGAGGAGAAAUGGGCGGACCACACAAUGCUCAGCAAGCAGGUGCCAGCAAAAAGCUACAACAAACACAGGCCACUGUGGACGAAGUCGUGGGUAUAAUGAAAGUUAACGUGGAGAAAGUAUUGGAACGAGAUCAGAAACUCUCGGAGCUGGAGAAUCGUGCCGAUGCUUUGCAACAGGGUGCAACACAAUUCGAGCAGCAUGCUGGCAAACUAAAGCGAAAAUAUUGGUGGAAGAAUCUUAAAAUGAUGCUUAUUAUUGGUAUCAUAUGUGUCAUUAUCUUAAUUAUUAUUAUUGCUUCGGUUGUGCCAAGUUCGUCUUCGGACAACUCUUCCAAUAAUUCUCCAAAAUGAUAGCGCAAACCAAAGGAAAGACACGGUAUCGUACCAAUCAACCAUUCUCUCUUUUAAGAUAAGUUAUGUAUUUGGUGGAGUACAUACGAAGGGGACCGCAAAGUUAGAUGAAGCAUGAACAUAGGAUACAUGUUUAUCUGUAAUGUCUGCACAAAAAUUGGGAAUAAGAAGAACAUAUUUUUGAGACUUAUUAUUGUAUCGAAGCGCACAUUAUUAACUAACAACCAGUAUUACGGGUGGCCUUCCUUUUUUUUUAAAGAAACAAAAAACACUGGGAUAUUCUUAUAAUGUUAAUCUUGUUACAGCAAUGCUUAUUAUAAAUUAUAUAAUAUAUAUAACGUUUGUAUACUCU